AUGGGAGACUGGAAAGCCUACAUCAACACCGUCCUGAAGGACAAAAACAUUGAAGAUGUAGCCAUUGUGGGACAUUCUGACAAUAAGUCAGUAUGGGCUUCUAAACCGGGAGGCCUCCUGGCAGCCAUCUCUCCCCAGGAAAUAGCUGGCAAAAAGUGCAGUGUGAUCCGCGAUAACUUGCUAAUGGAUAAAGAUGCUGUGAUGGACACCAGAACCAAAGGUGGCGACAGCAAAUCUAUCUGUAUUGGGAAGACUGCAAAAGCACUCAUCUUCCUCAUGGGCAAGAAGGGAGUCCAUGGAGGCGCUCUUAAUAAGAAGAUGCAUGACUUGAUAGCCAGCAUGAAAGCAAAAGGCAGCUAA